AUGGAGGACGACAACGGAUACGCGGGCGGGGAUUCUAGUUCGGAUAAUGAAUCCACGUCGUCUAGUCCUAGGAACGGGCCAUUUGGUGACGAAGGAACUGACGACGGAAACGUGAGGCUUGAGCACGAAUUAGGUGUUGAUCAUGAGCAGGCCGAUCCUGCUGAUUUGGACUACAUGAGCGAUUCCAUGAUGGGCUCCGGCGAUGAAUAUGAAUACAUUGGGGAUUCGGACAUUGACAUGGGGCAUGAAGAAGACCCUGAAGAAUCGGAGGUUAUUACGGGGUCCUACUCGGGAAGCACAAGUGAGUUGCAAGACCAUCUUCAGGACGAAGAAGCGGGAGACUGCAAUUUUAACAUGAACAUUGAACUUGACGAAGAUCGGCGUGGUAGAUACCGUCAGAUAAUGGAGAUGUUUUUAUAUUCGAAAGAUGCUGCUUACAGUUUCUACAACAAGUAUGCUAAAGAAAAUGGAUUCAGCAUAAGAAGAGACAAGGUGAAACAAACCAAGAAUGCUCCCGGACAAGUAGGCUUAAGGCAUUUUGUCAGUUCAAGGGAAGGAAAACGUCAUAAGAGGUACUUUGCCAACCUGGGAGGCCGCUCGCAAAGGCUAAGGGCUGAAUCUCGAUGCAACUGCAAAGUGCAUCUCGUUGUGAAGCUCGACCGUCGGCGUGGGGUUUGGGUUGUUGCAAGGUUCGACGACCUCCACAACCAUAUAUUGGCCAAAGCGGAUGAAGUCCCAUUUCUUUGGUCGCAGAGGAAAAUCAAAGAUUUUCAGAAAGCAGAAAUUUUAGCAUUGGGAGCUGCUGGGGUCAGAAAGCACAUGAUCAUGAGUAGCUUCAUAAGCAAAUACGGGAGAUACAACGAAGUGGGAUUCGUGAGAUGGGACGUGUAUAACAUGUGUGCCAGAGAGAAGAGAAAGCUGAUUGCGAAUGGUGACGCGUCCACCUCACUCGGCAUUAUGCUCAGCAGGAGGGACAAUGAUCCUGAUUUUUUUUUCGAGUACCAGGCAGAUGAGAUGGGACGUCUGCGAAGCAUGUUCUGGUGUGAUUCGCAGUCACGUCAGGACUAUCAGGAUUUUGGCGACGUCGUCGUGUUUGACAGUACCUACAAGAUGAACCGGUAUGGCAUGCCAUUCAUUCCCUUUGUUGGUCUGAACAAUCAUUGUAAGAUCACAGUUUUUGGGUGCGCCAUCGUUUUAGACGAGACUGAAGAAACGUACAUAUGGCUGCUCCAAACAUUCUUGAGAGCCAUGUGUCAGAAGAAACCGAAGACUGUGAUCACUGAUGGUGACGCUUCUAUGAUCAGGGCUAUUGGGGCCGUCCUCAUAGGCGUAUGGCACCGUCUAUGUUCUUGGCAUAGAGAAAAACAUGAAGAAGCACCUUAG